UCGACUUGUCGGAGCUCUGCUGCUCACGCCUGUCUGAGGCGGUCGCGGGAAAUUGGAACUAAAUCGAUAACCGGCCGAUCGAACAUCAAAAUAAACUUUCCCAUGGACACAUCGGCGGUACCGCAGCCGCCGCGUGAGCACCACGGAGAACACGCGCGCGGAGAUGCGACGCGCCGCGAGCAGCAGCUCAGGACCACGUUGCACUGUGAUGACAAGGAGAAGCUCCGCAGGAAGUUGGCCCUGUUACAGAGAGAGUACCUCAAGACGGCUGAGAGACUGCAGCGUGCCGAGCGUCUGGACGCGGUGCGGAGACACGUGAGGAGCAGGAUCGGUCGGCAGGACCGGGACCAGAGUGAUCCGGAGGAGACAGCCGGGCCCCCGUCGCCAUGGAUGCCGAGCGCCACCAAUGGGGCAGCUGCGUGCCCGGGACACAGGGACAUAGAUUCAUUUCCCAAAGCUCCAGCAGGAGUUUCUGAUGCCUCCAGGAGGAGCCCGGCGAUCCGGUUCCUGCUCCCCUUCGAUGCCGUGGGCCCGCAGACACCGGAUCCCCGGCACGGCGCCGCCGCCGAAGCUCCCAGGCCGAGCCCCGCCCUGCGCCUCAGGUCUCGACGCAGCCGCCUGCGCUGGGAAAGGAGGAGCGCCGAGGCCGGCGGGGGGGGGAGCACCACGGACGACAACGGCGAGGAACCCCGGCAGCAGAGCGGCGGGACGGAGGCUGCCGGGGCCGAAGGGCGCGAGGGCGGAGUCAGAGCGGAGGCCGCGAACGGGGGCGAAGAACCGCUGUCCUGCGACGACUCCGAGUCUCCGUCUCUGCUGCUCGCGCAGUGGGACGACGCUCCCGGGCCGCCCGGGACGGGAGGUAGCGAGGGGGAGGAGAAACGCCAAGGACCACAGGAGAAAGACGGCGAGCUCCCCCGUCGGACCGCCGCACCCGCCGAGGCGACGGAACGAGAAGCCACCGGGAAGGGAACCGGAGGGGAGAGCAGAGAGGAAAGUGAUGGGAGGCUGUUUGAAGACGGCAGUGAAAAAGACACCGAACAAAUGGCACCAGAGCUCAGAGAGAAAGAAAAAAGUCCCGCCGACACGCGUGGCGUGAUGGGCUCCUGUACCUUAGUAGAAGGACUACUUUACCCGGCGGAGUACUACGUCCGAACCACGAGACGGAUGGCCCUUUCGCAGAGCCAGCCGGACGUGCAGGCCGUCAUAUUCUCCCAGCUGGGCGCGGGACGCCAUCGGGCGCGGCGAGGCCCGACGCGCUCGGACAGGCGCGCCGCCACCGGUUUGUCCUCGCCGGCGACGUGCGGCGGCGGCGACGCGUGCGGCGGGCUCAACAGUCACAGCCCCGGGGAGACGUCCGACCCAAUCCCGGGGUGUGAAAUCAGCCCGGACGCUCGUGUCCCGGCGAGAGGCCGGAGGAAGAGACGGGGCGGGGGCGGAGGGAGGGCGCGGACCCCGCGGCGUCCGCUUAGUUCAGACCCCAAUCAACGGCCGGGCCCCGGAACGACCUCAGGCGACCCCCGGACCGCCGGCUCCCCGGGAGACGCCGCGGCGCCGCGGGACGAGCCGGAGGCCCAGCCAGGCUCCGCCUCUGGACACACGGAGAAGGUCUUCCCCAUCUUCCUGAGGACGAACGGAUCCAGACAGACGAGCAAAAGAAGCGCCGCAUGCUGGCGAUCUCUCCUCCUGCCUCCCUCGCCGCCUGCUCCGACGGCCCCGCUGCCUCGGCCCUCCCACUUCCCCGCCCCCUUCUUCAACCACCUGCUGAACUUUGACUUCCCGCAAGAUUUCCACCUCCCCGACGAGCAGUUUGCCUCCUUGAAGCUGCUGAAGCUCCGGCGAGUCGCCGCGGACCCGGGGGUUGAGCGCGUGGCGUCGGCGUCCUACAACACGCGGCGGUGCAAGCGGCGGCCGGACUCCCGCGGCGACCCCCCGGCGGCGCUCGCCCUCUCCGGUUCUCCCCGCCCCGCGACGAGCUCGCCAGCGGAGCGCGAGCAUGUCGAGGAGACGGAGGAGACGCCUCGGGGGGAUACUCAGGAAAUCCCUGUGGAGGAGCGGCUUGGGAACGAGCCGGUUCGGGAUUGCGGCGAACGCCGCGUCGGCACGCCGCCUCGAAACAGAGCGGCGGGCGACGCGGGGGAGGGGGACAGCGGGUCGUCCGUCGUCCCGUCAGAAGGAGGAGCGGGCGGUCGGGUCUGUGCCAGGCCGCAGAGACCCGCCGAGGAGCCCCCGGACCACAGCAGCAGCAGCAGCAGCGGCGCCGCCGCGCGGUCAUGUGACCACGGCGACGCUCCGGGCCCAAAGGAACCCUCUGACCCCGCCGCGAGUCCUCUGAGCGCCGCAGGCCGGCGGGUGCCAUCUCAGCUGCUGCUGAGUCCUCCCGGCCCCUCGAUGACCCCCCACGCGCCCUCCCAGCCCGCCGCCCUGUGCAGCCCCACCCUGCCCUCGCUGGGCCUCAGCCCCCACCCUCUCCGCGCCGCCCUCCCUCUGACCUCCUCCACCCCCUCCGCCCCGUCGCCCACCAGCAGCCCGCCCGCGCUGCUCCUCUCCCCUCGUCCGGCGGCCUCCUCCCCCUACCCCGCCGCCGCGACCGGGGCCCCCCCCGAGACGCCGGGUCGGGUCGAACCUCCCGACUCGCCGACACCUCCGGAGCUGCAGUCCCCGGGAUCAGGGGGGGGGGCGGAGGAGCACGUGAUGAGACGCACACACACACUGAAGGCCCCAGCAGGAGGCUGCCUGGUGGACGCGUGCUGUCUGCGUGGACCUUCUGGCGCUUUGUGCGUCGCAGCAGCCGCAGCGUGGGCCGUGUGUCUCUGGAGUCAGAGGUCAGCUGCUGAUUGGGGAUUAACACACACCUGGGCCUUCAGUAAGCCGGUCAUCAACGUGUUCCCCGUCCCGGAUGCUGCCGGGCUGGUGUGUGUGACUCUGGGCCCGUUGGAAAUCACAGAAGUGAGGCUGCUGUCGUGCUCCCGCCUCUCUCAGGCGCCGCUGUGCGAGGGCGUCGUCCAGGCCGUCGUGGGCGUGUCCGAGUCCAGAGUGGUGACCUCCUCCCACUCGCCGUCCGGCUCCACGCUGCGGGUGUUCACGGCGUCCGACGACGGCAGCACAUCUCUCUCUCAGCCUCUGGCGUCCCCGGGUGUUCGUGUCGGGGCUCUCGCUCCGGUGGACGGACUUUCGGACGCUCUGAUUGGCUCAGACGAUGGCGGGCGCCUCCUUGUCUGGAAUUUAAAGACCGGACAGCUGCUGCGGAGAAUCGCCCUCGGAGACGGUUUGUCCCACACGUCCUGCCUCAGAGGAUUCUCCUCCGGUGGGGCGCUGUUUGUCCUGCUGCAGCACCAGCAGGACGCCGCCAAAGAGGACGGGGAGGAGAGGGAGGGCGCCGCCCCCUUCUCGCUGGUCGCCGUCGACCCGCUGAGCGGGAGGUCGGCGCUGGCGUCCCGGCUGCGUCCGCCCGAAGGCUGGUCCGGCAGGCUGUGCGAGGCCGACGUCUGCGGCGGCGGCGGCGUGGUCGGCCUGAGUCGCAGCGGCUGCGCGUGCGUGUGGCAGCUGGGGGGCCGGGGGGCCCCGCGGGUGGUGGGGGCUCCCGGGAGCGACGGCUGGCAGCUGGCUCGGUGGGGCGGUGGCGGCGGCACCCUGGUGACCGGUCACCACAACGGAGACGUGACUCUACACGGCCGGACCGGCUGAGGACGGCUUUUAUCAAAAAAAGAAACAUCUCGUGUGUCACGGCUGGAAAAGCUUUAAAAAAGACUAAAAAAAAACUGCUGAAAUAAAGACUGUUUGUAUUUAUAUGUUAAUCUAAAUAAGACUGCAUUGUUUUUAGAGCCCCAGUAUUACUUGAAAACUUCAGGAAAAUAUGUGGCGUGUUUUUUAUAAUUUACAUUAAACGUUUAUUCUGUUGGA